AUGCCAGACAUUAACGUGUUGCUUUUGGGUGAACCCGGCGUCGGCAAAACCACGUUCAUCAACUCCCUCAUCAACUACUUCUGGUACGACAACAUAGAAGCCGCUGGUAACAGUUGCCCCAUCGUCGCCGCCCCCCAGACCAUUUCCUUCAUGGACAUCCACAACCAAACCCAGUUCUUGCCCUUGCACACCAACAACGACAAAACCCCGAUCAAGUCCAACACGAAAACCAGAGAGUACUUCAUCACUUUGGGCGAGUACCGACUGAGACUGAUAGAUUCUCCAGGACUCGACAUUUCCGACGACGACCAAGACAAAUUCAAGAACAUUUUUAGAAACCUGAGACACUUGGAAGAGCUCCACGGGGUGUGUUUUCUCCUAAAAUCCACUUUGUCGAGGAUGAACAACUUGUUCGAGUACUACAUCAGACAGACGUUGUCGGAGUUGGGUGAAAGCAUCAUCAGGAAUUUCGUUUUCGUUUUUACCAAUGGGAGAAGUGCCCAUUUUGAGCCUUCCACUGCAAAGUCUGUGUUGAGGGGGUUCGUGGACUCGAUCAAGUCGAAACCACCGUACGUGGAAAUUCCUCUGAGUACCAGCAACGUGUUUUGCGUAGAAAACGAAGCUUUUGUUAACUUGAUUGCGUUGCAAUGUGGAGCGAACGUGCGUUCUUUGGGACAAGUGAGGCGACAUUCGGAGGAAAGCUGGGAGUUUUCGUCGAGGGAGUGCAAACGCUUGAUAUUGCACCUUCAGGAGUUGAAACCUUACGAUUUUCCAGUUAGUGGUGCUGUGGACGAAGUGAAGAAGUUUGUCGUCGAGAAUUGUUACAACCUUUUCACUAUGUUCCUGUCCAACCAUCACAAUUUGGUCAAGUGUAGACAAUUUAAAAACGAUUCGGGUGAAGCUUGCCAGAUCGUUCAAGACUUGAAGUCAGCUAUUUCCAGACGAGACGACUCAGUGCAGAGAAGUACCCAGGCAGGUAGUGGCAAGGGCACCGUACCCAAAAAACCCUCUAACAAGAGUACCACAGGAAAGAACAACGGCACACUCGACAAGUACCAAAAGCGCGAGCUGGAAAAGUUCGAACAAAUGCACAAAAAGGGUAAACCUGGACCGACUGGCAACUCAGGGAUGGGUUACCCCCAAGCCGGAUACGCCAAAUGCUUGGACCAAAUCCAACAAGGCGUCACCAAAAUGGACAUCGACGAUAGUGGUCACAAAGUCGCGCAGCUUGAAAAUAUUCUAAACAAACAGAGACAAUUCUUUGAAAACGUGCACCAAGUUGUACGGUCCCAGACGGCAGAAGUUCGCAAUGCUUUGAAAAAAGUGGCCGAAUUUUCACUGUUUCUGGAAAAAAACAGAGUUGAGGACGAAUUCGAAAAUCAAGUUGCCCCUUUGAUGGCGGACCACGAUGCGGAAAUCGCGUCAGUUUUUGACGACAUGGUGCAGAUUUAUAGAAAAAGUAAAGCUGAAUUGGGCAGAAACGGGGUGCAGGAUUUGAGUGACGAAGACGUCCGAGAAGUGGCCAAGAAGUUCGAGAAGCUGGAGCACUAUCAGGAGGUCAUUGACAAGAUCUUUAAAAACUAG